AUGCAGGCUUCCCUCCCCCACGCCCCCACCACCCAUGCAGGCUUCCCUCCCCCACGCCCCCACCGCCCAUGCAGGCUUCCCUGCCUCUCGCCCCCCACCGCCCACGGAGGCUUCCCUCCCUCUCGCCCCCCACCGCCCACGGAGGCUUCCCUCCCUCUCGCCCCCCACCGCCCACGGAGGCUUCCCUCCCUCUCGCCCCCCACCGCCCACGGAGGCUUCCCUCCCUCUCGCCCCCCACCGCCCACGGAGGCUUCCCUCCCUCUCGCCCCCCACCGCCCACGGAGGCUUCCCUCCCUCUCGCCCCCCACCGCCCACGGAGGCUUCCCUCCCUCUCGCCCCCCACCGCCCACGGAGGCUUCCCUCCCUCUCGCUCCCACUGCCCACGGAGGCUUCCCUCCCUCUCGCCCCCACCGCCCACGGAGGCUUCCCUCCCUCUCGCCCCCACCGCCCACGGAGGCUUCCCUCCCUCUCGCCCCCACCGCCCACGGAGGCUUCCCUCCCUCUCGCCCCCACCGCCCACGGAGGCUUCCCUCCCUCUCGCCCCCACCGCCCACGGAGGCUUCCCUCCCUCUCGCCCCCACCGCCCACGGAGGCUUCCCUCCCUCUCGCCCCCACCGCCCACGGAGGCUUCCCUCCCUCUCGCCCCCACCGCCCACGGAGGCUUCCCUCCCUCUCGCCCCCACCGCCCACGGAGGCUUCCCUCCCUCUCGCCCCCACCGCCCACGGAGGCUUCCCUCCCUCUCGCCCCCACCGCCCACGGAGGCUUCCCUCCCUCUCGCCCCCACCGCCCACGGAGGCUUCCCUCCCUCUCGCCCCCACCGCCCACGGAGGCUUCCCUCCCUCUCGCCCCCACCGCCCACGGAGGCUUCCCUCCCUCUCGCCCCCACCGCCCACGGAGGCUUCCCUCCCUCUCGCCCCCACCGCCCACGGAGGCUUCCCUCCCUCUCGCCCCCACCGCCCACGGAGGCUUCCCUCCCUCUCGCCCCCACCGCCCACGGAGGCUUCCCUCCCUCUCGCCCCCACCGCCCACGGAGGCUUCCCUCCCUCUCGCCCCCACCGCCCACGGAGGCUUCCCUCCCUCUCGCCCCCACCGCCCACGGAGGCUUCCCUCCCUCUCGCCCCCACCGCCCACGGAGGCUUCCCUCCCUCUCGCCCCCACCGCCCACGGAGGCUUCCCUCCCUCUCGCCCCCACCGCCCACGGAGGCUUCCCUCCCUCUCGCCCCCACCGCCCACGGAGGCUUCCCUCCCUCUCGCCCCCACCGCCCACGGAGGCUUCCCUCCCUCUCGCCCCCACCGCCCACGGAGGCUUCCCUCCCUCUCGCCCCCACCGCCCACGGAGGCUUCCCUCCCUCUCGCCCCCACCGCCCACGGAGGCUUCCCUCCCUCUCGCCCCCACCGCCCACGGAGGCUUCCCUCCCUCUCGCCCCCACCGCCCACGGAGGCUUCCCUCCCUCUCGCCCCCACCGCCCACGGAGGCUUCCCUCCCUCUCGCCCCCACCGCCCACGGAGGCUUCCCUCCCUCUCGCCCCCACCGCCCACGGAGGCUUCCCUCCCUCUCGCCCCCACCGCCCACGGAGGCUUCCCUCCCUCUCGCCCCCACCGCCCACGGAGGCUUCCCUCCCUCUCGCCCCCACCGCCCACGGAGGCUUCCCUCCCUCUCGCCCCCACCGCCCACGGAGGCUUCCCUCCCUCUCGCCCCCACCGCCCACGGAGGCUUCCCUCCCUCUCGCCCCCGCCGCCCACGGAGGCUUCCCUCCCUCUCGCCCCCGCCGCCCACGGAGGCUUCCCUCCCUCUCGCCCCCGCCGCCCACGGAGGCUUCCCUCCCUCUCGCCCCCGCCGCCCACGGAGGCUUCCCUCCCUCUCGCCCCCGCCGCCCACGGAGGCUUCCCUCCCUCUCGCCCCCGCCGCCCACGGAGGCUUCCCUCCCUCUCGCCCCCCGCCGCCCACGGAGGCUUCCCUCCCUCUCGCCCCCCGCCGCCCACGGAGGCUUCCCUCCCUCUCGCCCCCCGCCGCCCACGGAGGCUUCCCUCCCUCUCGCCCCCCGCCGCCCACGGAGGCUUCCCUCCCUCUCGCCCCCCGCCGCCCACGGAGGCUUCCCUCCCUCUCGCCCCCCGCCGCCCACGGAGGCUUCCCUCCCUCUCGCCCCCCGCCGCCCACGGAGGCUUCCCUCCCUCUCGCCCCCCGCCGCCCACGGAGGCUUCCCUCCCUCUCGCCCCCCGCCGCCCACGGAGGCUUCCCUCCGUCUCGCCCCCCGCCGCCCACGGAGGCUUCCCUCCGUCUCGCCCCCCGCCGCCCACGGAGGCUUCCCUCCGUCUCGCCCCCCGCCGCCCACGGAGGCUUCCCUCCGUCUCGCCCCCCGCCGCCCACGGAGGCUUCCCUCCGUCUCGCCCCCCGCCGCCCACGGGGGCUUCCCUCCGUCUCGCCCCCCGCCGCCCACGGGGGCUUCCCUCCGUCUCGCCCCCCGCCGCCCACGGGGGCUUCCCUCCGUCUCGCCCCCCGCCGCCCACGGGGGCUUCCCUCCGUCUCGCCCCCCGCCGCCCACGGGGGCUUCCCUCCGUCUCGCCCCCCGCCGCCCACGGAGGCUUCCCUCCGUCUCGCCCCCCGCCGCCCACGGAGGCUUCCCUCCGUCUCGCCCCCCGCCGCCCACGGAGGCUUCCCUCCGUCUCGCCCCCCGCCGCCCACGGAGGCUUCCCUCCGUCUCGCCCCCCGCCGCCCACGGAGGCUUCCCUCCGUCUCGCCCCCCGCCGCCCACGGAGGCUUCCCUCCGUCUCGCCCCCCGCCGCCCACGGAGGCUUCCCUCCGCCUCGUCCCCCGCCGCCCACGGAGGCUUCCCUCCGUCUCGCCCCCCGCCAUGCACGGAGGCUUCCCUCCGUCUCGCCCCCCGCCACGCACGGAGGCUUCCCUCCGUCUCCCCUCCCGCCACGCACGGAGGCUUCCUUCUCUCUCGCCCCCAGCACCCACGGACGCUUCCCUCCCCCUCGCUCCCCCACCACCCACGGACGCUUUCCUCCCACUCGCCCCCACCACCCACGGACGCUUUCCUCCCCCACCACCUCACCCUCACCACCUAUGGAGGCUUCACUCCCCCUCCCUCUCAACCCCACCACCCACAUAA